AUGUUUGCUGGAAGCAUACAAGACAGGUUGCGGGCGCGAGAAGAUGAUAGGAUCGGCACAUUUCGGCAGCGCUCUGUGCCACUUAACGUGUCCGGCCAUCCAGAGACAGUUCGGAAUUACUCGUCCAAGUGCCACCAUAUAGCCGAGCUAAAAGAGAAGGCUCGUCGCAUUGAAGCGCUUGAGAAGCAGCUUGUCAUGUCUGAGGAAGCUCGCAGCCAGUUGACCAUGGACAUUGAUGUCUUAAGUGAUAAGCUGGAGCAGGCAUCAAUCAUCAGAACGAGAAACGAGACAAUCAUCGAGUCUCAGAAGCAAGCGAUCCAGCAGCUUCAGCUGGCUCUGCGCAACCAGCAAAAGGCUGUUGAAGCGAUUCUCGGAGAGGAGGGCGCAAAUGUGGCCAACUUGCAGCGCCAAGUUGAGACCAACCAGACGAGCCUGAGGCAAGCGCUCCAACAACGCCCCUCCUCCAGGCCAGGGCAGCCAGGGCAGCCAGGGCAGCUGGCACAGCCGGUUCAGCGGCCGCCACCGUCAGCGCCGCAAUCCUACGGCUUCAGUGUCUUUGGAGGCGAGACGGAGAGGGAGUCCGAGGACUCGGAGGAGACGGAGUCCAGUGCACCCAGUGCCAGCGUGCCCAGGCUGGCUGCACCCACUGCAAAGCUGCACACGCCCGGGACGACUCCACGAACUGCUGCAUCCAGCCCACGAACGGCAAGCCCGGCAGCCAGCCGCUUUAUUUAG